GAAGUUGCCGGCGGAACCAUGAGACUGAACGAAUGCAAAGUCACGUUUCCUGGUGGAACUUUCAACAAACAAACAAAGGUCUGGAUGUCGGUUGGAAUUGACAAUUCACUGUGCCCAGAAGGAUACAUUGGUAUCACACCAGUUUUCGAUAUCAGUGCAGAUUCCGAAUUCCUCAAAGAUGCGAUCGUGCAAAUCCAGUCAUGGUGCGUCGGUCUAGAGAAAGACAAAAUUGACAUAUUACAUUUCUCAAGCAAAACUGACUGGAACAUUAUUAAUCCUGAUCGAAUCACAGAGAAUAACAGCAUAGAAUUCCGAUGCAGAAAGUUCAGCCCAGUUAUGGCCUUCAUCAGGUGGUUGCUGUUUGGAACAGUGGAGCUUCUUAUGGAACACCGUCUUUAUAUUUUAAACAAAAACAAAUUUCAUUUUGCAUUUUUCACAUGUGGUGAGACUGUUCAGAACACUGUCAGACAUUAUUAUAAAGACCUGGGUGCACAACUUGCUCCUUUUCAUCUUCCUCAGAUCCUCUUACAAAUUGGAGACAGAGUUCGCAUGAAACUCCAAAUUGACCGCGGACCAGAAAAUUUGCAUUUCGAUUUUCCUGAUGGCCAUACUUUCCUGGUAGACAAACAAUUCCUAAGAAAGCAAAGAAAUGAAUACACAGUUCAGCUUUUCCCUGUCCGCGACCAAUAUCCCCAAAGUAACAUCAGAUACAAGAUGGUUAAGGAAGGCAAUGAACCGGAAAUUUGCAAUCGUGAUUUUGAUUUCCCAGUGGAACGAAUAGAUAUGCCAGGACAACAAACUAUCAAUUUCUAUGGAGAUGUUCGUGUUUCAGGGAACAUGAAUAUGAAUGGCGACCGCCAACAAGCUUUACAAGAUGAACAAAUCGAACAGAGAGUAGCAGAGCAGCAAAGACAGGCAGAUGAAAACAGGGGCCGUGUUCCAGGAUUGGCUCCCCAAAUUCUAUUCUUGUUUCUAGCUGUUUUUCUCCACUUUUUGUUGAGGUGGCUCACACCCGAAAUAACCUUAUAAUUUGUUUCUGGCUGCAUUUUAUUAAACUCCAUUGGAAUCGUGACCAAGGGGAAUCUCAUACAGACCUUUCAACCACUGGUAUAUACUAAGUUUAGAAUUGCAAGUUGUUUGCAAAUUCACAAGAAGUCAUAAAAAGAAACAUCAAGUAGGUUGUAAAAGAAUGAAUGGCUGGUAUAAAAACUGUUGGACUUGAGUGAUUGACCUCCGGCUUCACCUAGUGGUCUGACAUAAUGUUCCAGAGAGUACAAACUGGUAGCUGAGGACAGUGUCACUUUGCCCCUAAUCUAUGUAAAAUGAUAGAUUUGCAUUAUAAAUUCUAGUUAUAUUAUAAUAGUGAUACAUGUACAACAAUACAAUGGCAUGCAAUGCUUAUUGUAAAUUUCUAUUUUUUGUUUUGUGUAUGUCAGAAUUUUGAAUUUUCAUGCACUGUAAUCAGCUUUUCUUGUUUAUCAUAAUUGACAACACUGAACUUAAUCUUGCUGUAUUGGAAUGGAAUAACAAUCACAUAAAUAAUUCAACUUAUCCAAACCUUAAUCCUCCCUGAUGUAUAAAAGUUAUCUUUAUAAAUCUUUGUAUUUCCCUGAGU